AUGGGUUGCGAAUUGGUGGGGAGUCGGGGUUCCAUUGAAAGGAAGUUUGAUAUAGGUGAAAGGAGAUUGGGGAAAUUAGGGUUUGCAGGUCUGUGUGGGAUGGGUUGCGAAUUGGUGGGGGUGGGUUCCAUUGAACGGAAAGCUUCCGCCUGGUGUCUUUUCAACAUCAUCUUUGAAUGUUUGGGUUUGUUCCUCAGCAGGUUCCAAAAUCAUGAUAGUGAAGGUGAUAUUGAAUUAGGUGAAACAAGUUAUGGUACUACUCCUCGUCGGAUUCAUGUUCUUCCAGCAGUUUGCGAAACCCGGUUGUCGAUUCCAGGACCAAAAAAACUGAUCAGCUGUGCUGCUGGUGAUGAAUGUGUUAUUUGCCUGGAAAGUUUCCAGGAAAAAGAUGUUUGCUGUGUUCUUGUCAAUUGUGACCAUGUUUUUCAUAAGCCUUGUGUUGAAGAAUGGCUGAAGAUAAACUUUUCAUGUCCACUUUGUAGGACCGAUGCUUUCUCUAUUAUCAUUGAUGUGUAA